AAUUUGUGAAUUGUGAUAUAGAUUAUAGGAUAAACAAUAAACACAAGUACUCAACUACACGAGUUAAAUAUUAUAAGUAUUAAGUUAUAUUAGUUAUAUUAUAAAUAAUAAUCCUUCAGGGCUUCAAGUUUAAUUGUUUUAAUAUUUAUUACUUAUUAAAACAUAAUUUUGCUAUACAAAAUACAAUAUUUACAAUGGAGCCUUUAUCAAAAAUUUCACUCAAUAAUCAGAUUGUUACAAUGCGUCAUAUUGUGCGUAAAUCAAAAGUGCAUACAAUACACAAAUUAACACGGGAAGCAAAAAAAUUAAAAGAAAAAAAAGGAAGUGAAGAACAACUUAUCAAAAAUAAAAAAAAAGCUGACCGCUUUAUCAGUGAACUGAUGGUCAUAAAGAAAUUGAAUGAUGACGAUGUUACAAAAUAUGCCUUGCAAAAUGAAGUACCUUCUGCUAAAAUAUUAAAUAGUAUAGACAUAAAAUUGGAGACUAGAGCAUUAGCAAGGUUAGCUGGACAUAAGUUUAUAAUAGAUGAAAUUCAAAAAUUUAGAAGCAAAUAUUCUGAUUGGAAAAUGUGCAUAACAGAUUUGUUGAAUGAGUUAGGUGCUAAAUAUAGAGCCAAAAAGAAACCCAAUAACAAUAAAUCAGUUAAGACAGAGGUUAAAACUAAAAUUCUCAAUAAGAACAAUAAAAAAAUUAAAAACAUUGAAGAAUUUGUAGAUGCUCAGUCUAAAUCUGAAAGUACUCAGUCUGAGACUGAUGAUCAGUCAGUGUCUGACGGUUCUCAGUCUGAGCCCGAAGAUCAGUCAGUGUCUGAAAGUCUUCAAUCUGAGUCCGAAGAUCAGUUAGAGUCAGAAAAUGGUUUAAAAAGUGACAGUUUGUCAGUGCAGAAAAGGUCGCCUCAUGAAGACAAUACAAGUAGUGAUGAAUAUCAAAACAAUAUGUCAAAAGGCUCGAAACUUUUAAUCUCAAACAAUAAAGAACUGUUUGCCGGAAACAAAGAGGAAUGCCCAAGUACAUUAGACAUAAAUGUAAAUUAUUCACAAGUAAAAACAAAUGUUUUAAACACAGAACUACCAAAGAAAAACUUACAUUUGUCUACUAAUGAAAUUCUCGACAACAUUGAUGUAACUCUUGAUAAAAAUGUAUCAAAAAGAAAAGCCAAACAAAAUAUUUCAAGUAAAGUUGAAAAUAAAAAAAAAAGAAUCACAGUAAAUGAAAUCAAGCCCGUUUGUGAAACAGUUGAUUCAUUUUUCAUGACUGUUGACAAUCAGGAUUACAUGUCUGUAUACAAACCACCACCAGCGACUGAACGAGACAUUGAAGAACGUACAAAAGUAGAACAUCAAAAACCAAUAAAAGAAUUUUUCAGUAAAGGUAAAAAAGUGAUUAUUGGUAAACAAAAUAACAUGGGCAAUCGAAGAGAAAGAAGGCAGCAACAAGUUGAGGAAUCUGUUGAUACAGCAUUACAUCCGUCAUGGGAAGCAAAACGUAAACAAAAAUCAUUGGCCAAAUUUGAAGGAAAGAAAAUAACAUUUGACGAUGAAGAUUAAUGUUUGUAAAAAAAAAUUUUAAUCUCACAUAAAUAAUAAAAAAUAAAUAAAAAAAAUACAAAAUAAAUAAC